AUGAAUUCUAAUUUUUUGAAAUAGAUUGAAGAAGAAAAUAGAAUUUUAGAAUAGGAAUUGCAAAACUUAUUAAAGUAAAAAAUAUUUUCAUUCUAUUCAAAGUUAAAAAAGAUAAAAAGUGGAAAAAGAAUUUGAAGAUCCUGAAGAUGCUUGUCCAAAUUUUAGAAGUGAAAAAGGAGAUCUAAGUAAAAUAGAUGAAGAAACUGACGAAGAAUAACCAAAUUAUAUAGAACCAUAAAGAUUGAUAGAAUCACCAUAAAAAUUAGGUAGAAAAAUUUUGAAUAUCAAUUAGAUUCUAUUUUAGAUAACUCACAAGAUUCCAUUGGCAUUUAUCUGGAGAAAAGAAGUAGUAGUACAAGAGAAACAUUAAAAUUUUUGGAAAGAGAAGUAAAAGAAAAAAAUGCUUAGAUUUAAGCUUUAUAGAUUGAUUUAGCUAAAAAGUAAAAAUAUAUAGAUUUUCUUGAAAAAAAUGGUUAAAAAUAAAAAACCCCUUCAAAUAAGGAAGCUAAUUGUGAAGGAUAAUAAUAAAUAUAAAAAUAAUGUAAAGAAUGGGAGAAAAAAUAUUUUGAAUGCAAUAGCUAACUUAAAGAGAAUAAAAAAUAUGCAUAGAAAUUAUAAGAAUUGAAUCAAUAAUUAUUACAUAAAUUAAAAUAAUUUGAAUUUAAUACAGAAUUGAAUUAAUAAAAGAAUGUAAACAAUGAAAUAUAUGAGGCAAAUACAAAUGUUUUGAUAAAGUAUAUAUAGUAUGUUUAAUUUUUAGAUAUGAAUAAAUAAUAAAGACUCAACAAGAGUAAAUUCAAUAACAAGAGGAUAGAUACAUAGCUUUGGAAUCUAAAUAUGAUAAAUUAAAAGAAAAUAGUGAGUAGUUUCUAUUUAAUUCUCGUGAUUUAAAAUAUUAAUAUGAACAUAUGCUGAAUACUCUGGAAUCAAUAGCAAAUAGUUAUUGA